AUGGACACACUCCCCGACCGGCUGCACACCACCUCGCUCGCAGCCUCCCCCUCCCCCUCCUCUCCGGGACCCUCCCUGCAGCACCUGGCCGACCUGACGCCGCCGGCGCAAGACCGCACAUGGGCGACGGCGGCGCACCCGCGGCUGCCGCUCGUGGCCACGGCGGCGGCCGACAAGUCGGUGCGCGUGUACUCGCUGGUCAACUUCGCGCUGCUGUCGACGAUCUCGGGCGGGCACAAGCGCGCGGUGCGGGCGUGCGCGUGGAAGCCCACGGCCGCGAAGCCGGGCAGCGACGUGGUGCUGGCGACGGCGAGCUUCGAUGCCACGGUGGGAGUGUGGCGGUACGACGGCGAGGACAAAGACGGCGACGGAGACGGGGACGGCGAGGAGGAAUGGGGCUUCGCGGUGGUGCUGGACGGGCACGAGAACGAGGUCAAGGGCGUGGCGUGGUCGGCGGCGGGCCAGCUGCUGGCGACGUGCUCGCGCGACAAGACCGUGUGGAUCUGGGAGGACCUGGAGGACGGCGAGAACAACUUCGAGACCGUGGCCGUGCUGCAGGAGCACACGGGCGACGUCAAGAGCGUGGCCUGGCACCCGGACCAGGACUGUCUGGCCUCGGGCUCGUAUGACGAUACCCUGCGCGUGUGGAGAGAGGACGUCGACGACUGGGGCCAGGUGGCGUGUCUGCGCGGGCAUGAGGGCACCGUCUGGGGCGUCGAGUGGGAAGGCCGGACGGGCACGCCGGCGGACGGCGACGAGCUUGAUAUCAAGGGCGUGACCGUGCCCGCCGACCCUGCCCCAGCCUCAUCAGCCCUGGAGCCUUCCGGCACUUCCCCUACUCCCCCCUUCCCGCCCGCCCUGCGCCGCCGCUGGCUACACCACCGCGCCCGCUGCGGCCCGCGCCUCGCCUCCUGCUCCGCCGACACCACCGUGCGCAUCUGGCGACGCCAACCGCCGGCCUCGCGCCCGGCCGCAUCCUCGCUCAGCACCAUCCGCGCCGCCAGCCUCGACGAGACCUGGGCGCAGGAGCACCAGCUGCCGGCCGUGCACGCGCUGGCCGUGCACGCCGUGGCGUGGAGCCGCACCACGGGCCUGCUGGCGUCGGCGGGCGCGGACGGCCGCGUGGUCGUGUACCGUGAGCGGUUUGUGGGGAUGGAGGCGGAGGGGGAUGAGGAGGCCGUGCCGCGGACGGUGUGGGAGGUGCUGGCGCGCGUGGACGAGGCGCAUGGCGUGUAUGAGGUUAAUCAUGUGUGUUGGGCCAGGAGGGCGGACCGGCGGAGUGCGAGGCGGAAAGGUGUGUUUGAGGAGCGGACGGCGGAGGAGGAGCAGCAGGAGGAGGAGGAGGAGGAGGUGCUGCUGAGUACGGGGGAUGAUGGCGUCGUGAAGGUGUGGAGGAUACAGUGGUGA